AACCCCAUCACCAAUUUAGGAAGUUAUGGCCUGGUGAAUAUGGUUGCACAAGCAAUGCCGAAUGUUCCGCAAGAUGCGAAAAAACGUACUGUUCAAAGAACAGUGAUAGAGGAUUAUCACAGUGCCAGUGCUCAGAUGGAAAAUUACUGUAUGGACGAUGCUGUACUUCGCGACUGCCCAACGGGUUUUCAUGCCAGUGGUGCAUACUGUCUUCACAAUGAUGAAGAUCAUUUCUGGAAGGAUGCUAAUCAGCAAAAUUCACUCCGAGAGCUUCUCAAUUCUGGGACUUGCUAG